CCAUCUGUAAACGCGCUCAACACUUCAGUUGCAUUUUCCAAUUCAAUAUGAAAUCACUCGUGACUAUCUACAUUUUGCUAUCCUUUGGACAGUUAGGCCUGGCAAACAUGGCAGAAAUGCGUAAAAAAUCACACACCGAGGAAUUCGAAGGAAUGCCAGCCCUGUUCAGGGCCAUGUCCUCAUCUCCAAACGAUGGAUACACCUACAAUUGGACCGUGGUCUCGUUUGCAACGGUUGGACUAUCAGGUUCCGGACUAAACUGCACUGUUUUGUAUCUGGAUCAGUGUACAUCCUGGAAUAAGUGUAGACAGACCUGCCUGAAAACCGGAGCCACCAGCUACAGGUGGUUUCAUGAUGGAUGUUGCGAGUGCGUGGGAGAACAGUGCAUGAAUUACGGCGUCAACGAAAGCAGAUGCCGACUGUGUCCUGAACCAGGAGUUGAAGAUGAAGAGGAUUGAACCAUAUUAGUCUAAUGCCAGCUAGAAGCUAAAAAUAGGGUGCUAUACUUAAUGCGAAUUGUAGUUCCAAUUUAAUUUCUAGAUUUUAAUUUAACUAGUUGAUUUGGCUUAGAAAAAAAGAAAAAGAACCGUUUA